GCAUGCGCGCGUUUACGUCCUCAGGGAGACGCACGAGGCGGGGUAGCUUGGCGGUCGGGGCAGAAGCGUGCUGCGAGGUACCGAGCGCACGGGUGAAGCAGAACGAGAGAUUGUGGGGGGACCGCAGGGGCAGAGACAGGGCCAGGCGACCCUAAGUGGAGAUACAGCUGCGAACAUGCAGAACACAACCACAGACGAUUCAUCUCCAGACGCCACGGCAGUCUGCAAGAGUUCCGAAAACAAUGAAGAAGAUUCGCAGUCCAAUAAAGACAUCUUGGAAGUAAUAGAGAUGGAACAGUCUCCAGAGCAAGCCACCGCCGAACUAGAAGCCGCAAUCGAAGUGGCUCCAACAGAACCGGAGCCCCCUCUCCCCGCUGAGUUUGAGAAGUACUGGAAGGCGGUCGUUGACAACCCCGACGAUUUCCCCACAUGGACAUAUUUUUUACAAUACGUCGAACAGGAGAAUAACCUGAAUGCUUCCCGGAGGGCAUUUGACGCCUUCCUCGCUCGUUACCCUUAUUGCUACGGAUACUGGAAGAAAUACGCAGACAUCGAGAAAAAGAACGGGAACGUUAUGGAAGCUGAUGAGGUUUACAGGAGGGGAAUUCAAGCCGUAACAUUAAGCGUUGACCUCUGGAUAAAUUAUCUCAAUUUCUUAAAAGAAACUUUGGAUCCUGCUGACCCAGAGACGGGGAACACGCUAAGAGGAACGUUUGAGCACGGUGUCAUGUCGGCAGGAUUAGACUUUCGGUCGGACAGAUUAUGGGAAAUGUAUAUAAACUGGGAGACGGAGCAGGGAAACCAGAGUGCGGUCACAUCCAUAUACAGCCGUCUUAUUAGCAUUCCAAUGCAGCUCUAUAGCUGCCAUUUCCAAAAGUUUAAAGACCACAUACAGGGCCACCUGCCGAGAGACUUCUUAACACCCGAGAAAUUUAUCGAGCUGCGGAAGGAGCUGGCCACCAUGAACGAGCAUCGCGGCUCUGCUGACGAUAUUCCAUCCGGCCUGGAGGAGAUCGCCGACCCCGCAAAGCGUACUACUGAAGUCGAGAACAUGCGCCAUCGCAUCAUCGAAGUUCACCAAGAGAUAUUUAACCUCACUGAACACGAAGUGAACAAAAGGUGGACUUUUGAAGAAGGGAUAAAGCGACCUUACUUUCACGUCAAGCCAUUGGAGAAAGCUCAGCUGAAAAACUGGAAGGAUUAUUUGGAUUUUGAGAUUGAGAACGGGACUCACGAGCGCAUAGUCAUCCUCUUCGAGAGAUGUUUAAUUGCCUGCGCACACUACGAAGAGUUUUGGAUCAAGUAUGCAAAGUACAUGGAGAAGCACAGCAUCGAAGGCGUAAGGCAUGUCUACAACAAGGCCUGCAAUGUCCACCUGCUGAAGAAACCUAUGGCUCAUCUACUGUGGGCUGCGUUCGAGGAACAAUACGAUAACGUAGAGGAAGCCAGGCGCAUAUUGAAAACCUUGGAGGAGUCCGUAGAGGGCCUGGCCAUGGUCCGUUUGCGAAGGGUCAACCUAGAGAGGCGACACGGAAACAUUAAGGAAGCGGAGGAUCUGCUGACCCAGGCCAUGAACGGCGCGAAAACCAACAGCGAAUUUACCUUCUACGCAAUUAAGCUUGCGCGCCACUUUUUCAAAGUGCAAAAAAAUGUGACCCAAGCCAGGAAAGUGCUGUCUGAUGCCAUCGAGAAAGACAAGGACAAUGCGAAGUUAUACCUCAACAUGCUGGAAAUGGAAUAUAACGGAGACCUCAAACAGAACGAAGCCAACAUCUUGGCGGCUUUUGACAAAGCAAUAAAAAGCUCGAUGCCGAUAGCAACAAGAAUAAAGUUUUCACAGCGUAAAGUGGAGUUCCUCGAAGACUUUGGCUCUGAUGUCACCAAAUUGUUGAAUACGUAUGAUGAUCACCAGAAGCUUUUGAAAGAGCAAGAGAUCAAGAGGAAAGCUGAAAAUGGCUUAGAACAGCCCGAUGCAAAGAGGCUACACACAGAAGAGGCCGCUAAUUCUCAGAUGAUUUCUCAAGCUGCCGCUGCCAAUCCUGGCGCUUACAACUAUGGGAAUUGGUACCAGUACAACUACCCAAACACCUGGAAUUACGGACAAUAUUACAAUCACCCUCCGACAUGAGCCGGUACCGCGUAACACCAGUAUUAAUAAUUUUACGGCUGUGGGGUGUUUACAAAGGCAAA